GGGGGGGGGACGAGAGAUGGGCUGAAUGAUAGUGAAUUCAUUCUCGCAAAGGAAGUCACACUUUUCCGAAAUGGGGUCGAUUGAAGAAAAGAACAGACCUUUUCGCUAAAGCAUCAGAGGCCAUAACGAGCAUGCGCGCGUACUUGGGCAUGCGCAAAAAGAAGUACUAAGUAGGUACGUCUGAUGGGCGUGGCGCGGAAAGUGGAAGCCGUUAAAAAAUAAAUAAACGCAGCGCGGGCGGGAAAGGAGAUGCAGGGAUGCUUUUUUUUGGGAGGGGGGAGGGGAUUUGAUUGCAAUGUGAAAGAAUGAAUUAGGCGAUGCUUGAUCUACUUAAAAUUAGAAAAAGAAUUAGACUACCCAGUGUUGUGAUAAGCGGACACAUCAUUAGCCGCACGUGCUAGGCUAGAAACCGGGAGACCGAGUUCGAUUCCCCACUGAUGCACGAAAGCCAGCUGGGUCACCUUGUGCCAGCCACUCUCUUUGGCCCUAGGAAGGGGGCAAUGGCGAAUCACCAUCUGAAAAAACCAUGUCAAAACUGCAGAAGACACACCCAGGCGCGCCAAUGAACUAGCACUUUCUUUGUCAUUUGUGUAAAAGCUGGCCUUAUUCCCAGCGGAAUUACGCUAGAAAUCAAUUUAAAAAGCUCGGCAGCACCUCCUUCCGUCCCCCAAAAUCUGUUGCCUUCCAGAACUGCUGGAAUUACAAUUUCCAGAAUCUCGAGAUUGCAAGGGGAUCAUUUUUUUUUUUUUUGAGUGUUUUAGUCCAGAGGAUUUGGAAGGUAGCAGAUUUGGGCGGGUGAGGGGAUCCUCUAUAGAAGUCGAGAUACUUUAUGCCUAAACUUUGAUGAGAGCUGUACUUUUCAGAUACAAGGGAUAUUAUUCAGACAGGUGUAUAUCCAUUUCGGUUAUAGAAGGGGACUGAAGGGGGCAUAUUUGAGUCAGAAAAGGAUUGCAAACUCAAAAAAGAUACUACCGGUAACAAUUACAAUUUCAGUGCAGUAAUUGUUACAGAAUAAUGUGAUGGAGCUCUCCCAAGGAAAACGCCUGGAUAGUAUUUAACAAUAUUUGGUAUUAUUGCUAAAACUGCCACAUUUGUAUUAGGAUUAUUGUGAUGAUUAUUUAUGUCCGCUAAGAAUUAGGGGGGAAACUUCUCAUCUCUGCAAAAGUGUUUGUUAGCCUGAGUCAGGAAAUGGAUAUACAAAGAUUUGAAAGUUGCUUAUUCUAACCAAGUUCUGAAUAAAAGAUCAAAGAAGCCAUGGACAACCAGUACAAUUCGAAUCGCACCCCAACGUGCAAUGGAAUUUCAACUCAUGACAAGAAAAUCAGUUCUUUGGUGGCUGAAGAUCAUGGUCAGAGAAUCUUAACCAUACUGCAAAACUUCAGAGCUCAAAACAUAUUUUUUGACUUUAAAAUACUUGUAAAAGAUGAAGCAAUUCCCUGCCAUCGUUGUGUACUAGCAGCAUGUAGUGACUUUUUCAGGGCCAUGUUUGAAGUUAACAUGAAAGAAAGAGAUGGUGGGAGUGUUACGAUAAGUAAUUUAACACCCAAGGCAGUGAAGGCUUUUCUAGAUUAUGCUUAUACUGGAAAAACAGAGAUAACAAAUGAUAAUGUGGAAAUGUUCUUUCAGCUGUCCUCCUUUCUUCAAGUUUCACUUCUUUCACAAGCUUGCAGCGACUUUCUAAUUAAGAAUAUCGAUCUUGUUAACUGUUUGCAACUCUUAUCCAUUUCUGAAAGUUAUGGCUCCACCAAGCUGUUUGAGCGUACACUUGAGUAUGCCCAGCUCCAUUUUUCUUUGCUUCUCCAAUCAAAUGAUUUCUUGGAAAUGAAUUUUGAGAUACUGCAAAAAUGCAUAGAAGCUGAUGAGUUGAACGUACCAGAUGAAGAAUUUGUGUUGAAAGCUGUCUUUUGGUGGAUGAAACAUGACUUAGAAACAAGGCAUAAAUAUCUUCCUCAUUUGAUGAAAAAGAUCAGGGUACAUCAGUUACCUGAAAAGACAUUGCAGGAUAUUUUGCACUCUGAGGAACAGUUACUUAAAACCACGAAUUGCUUAGCAGUAAUCAAGGAAGCAAUUCAAAAUGUACAGAGUUUCAGUGGGCUUUUCCCAGAUCCCCGCCCAUCAACUACCGAAAAAUACAUACUGGUUCAUAAAACCGAAGAAAAUAAACUUAAUCAACAUACAUUUUGCUACAAUAUUAAAACUGAUCAGUGGAAAGAACUGAUACAAAUAAAUAUAUUUGAUCUACCUGGAUCAAGUUUAUCUAGUUAUGGUGAAAAAAUAUUCAUAACUGGUGGGUGUAAAGGUAACUGUUUCCGGACUAUUAGACUUCAUAUUGCUGAAACGUUUCACGAUGCCACAGAUCAAACUUGGUGUUACUGCCCAGCAAAUGAUAGCUUCUCAGUAGUAUCUGCCAUGAAGAAGCCAAGGACAAUGCAUACAUCUGUUGUGAUUUUAAAUUGUUUGUAUGUAAUAGGAGGGAAGACAAGAGCAUCUCAGGAUAUCAAAAGCCUUUUGGAUGUUGAGGCAUAUAAUCCCCUGACUAGAGAGUGGAAAUCUGUCAGUCCAUUACCAAGGGGCAUCUACUAUCCAGAAGCAAGUGCCUGUCACAGUGUAAUAUAUGUGCUUGGUUCUGAAAUUGAAAUUACAGAAGCCUUUAAUCCAUCUCUUGAUUGCUUCUUUAAAUAUAAUGCUGUAACAGAUCAGUGGUCUGAGUUAGUAGCAGAAUUUGGGCAAUUCUUUCAUGCAACCUUAAUCAAAGCUAUUCCAGUGAACUGCACUUUAUACAUUUGUGAUCUUUCCACUUACAAAGUUUAUAGCUUUUGUCCGGAAACCUGUGUCUGGAAAGGAGAAGGCUCUUUUGAGUGUGCUGGUUUUAAUGCAGGGGCAGUUGGAAUAGAAGAUAAAAUAUACAUUCUGGGUGGAGAUUAUGCUCCUGAUGAAAUAACUGAUGAAGUACAGGUCUACCAUAGCAGUAGAUCUGAAUGGGAAGAAGUUGCGCCUAUGCCAAAGGCCCUUACUGAGUUUCAUUGUCAAGUGAUUCAGUUUAAUAAAUUCAGGGAUCCGUGGUUGCAAAAGUAAUGUGAUACAAACAAUUAUACAUAAGUAUCUAAUUUCUCAUAUAUAUUUGCUUUUUAUUAUUUAUUAAUUUUUUUUGCCACUCAUUUUAGCCACUGUGAUUUUAAGGUAACCAAAUAUUAGGUUGUCAAUCUACCAAAUCAUAUUUCCGCUUCUUUUUCAUAGAAUGGGGAUUGGUAAUUGCUCUGUAGUUAAUGUGUUAAAACACAUAUUUUGAGUUUGGAUGGCCUGUGUUUAAUAGUAAUUUAUUAAUAAAUUAUUAAAUAAAUUAUUGAAUUUAUAUGCCAACUGACUUCCAAUGAUUGACUUCCUUCUUUAGAUAAGCUCUGCCUAAUAGCUGGCUACUUUUGAUAUUGAGAGUGGUUUCUAAAAUAACUUUUUUUGGGGGGGGGCAAGAACUGAUUUAAAAAUUACACUAGACAACUUAUAAUUAUCCCCCAAUUUCUAUAAAUUUAUUUAAAUGGCAUCCAUAAACUGAAUAUAUUUUAGAUUACUAAUUUCAGGAAUAAAAAGAAUCAAUAUUAUGGUAUAAAUGUGCACACGUAUGUGUUUGUGUAUUAAUGAUUUAUACUUUUAAUAGUGGGAGAAAAACAUCACAACCCUAUAACAUACAAAUUCAAGAGUUGUGUUCCAUGCAUCACAUAAUCAGCUGUUUGCUGUCAUGCUUACUUUUCUUUUCUUUGCAGCUAUAAAACUGCAUUUUUCUCCAAAUAAAGUCACAAUCAUUAAUAUAUUUCAUAACCUGUUUUUAUAUUUUCUGUUUACAUUAAUAACUUCUGCAGCAAUUUCCUAUUGAGGCAACAGUCAUAAUUUGAAAACCUAUCCCAGAGUUUAUUCCUAAAUGAAUAUGCACUUAAAGGAUUUUUCAUCUUAAAUCUAAAGAAGAAAAUUCAGUUGUACUGGUGCAACAGAAACACUGAUUUAUUACAAGUUCCUUCCUGUAUAUCACUAAGUUGUUUUUUCAAUAUAAUCAAGACAGGAAUAUUUCAUAUUAAUUGUAAUUACUGAAUUUCAACGUAUUUUCUCUUUCAUUGCUAUCAAAUACUAUUAAAGUUUCACUAAAUCAUUGCCAUUUAUUUCAAAUGUAUGAGUAUAAAUUACAGUUCAAUUUCUUUCAGGGAAAGUGAUUGAAUUAUUGAAAUUUAUUUUUAUCCUAAAGGCUAGGCUCUUCUUCCUUAAAUUAUAUAAUCAUAACAUGGACCAUGGAUUGUCAAUUCUCCAUCUGCUCAUGUACCGUUCAUUCCUUGUGCUGAAAAUAAGUAGUAUACCAUACAUUGUAUAAAGGAGAAAUAUAAUUUGUUCUUGCAGUCUUUAUUCUUAAAUAUGAUGUUGAAUAAGUGCUGCUGACUUCAGUUGGACAUACUCUUGAGAAAACAUCUUUCAAGGAAUCAAGCACAACAAAAUAAUUUAGGAAUUAAGAUAGAAACCAUAAGAACGUGAUAAUGAGUGUUACAUUAAGUAGCUCCCAAGAAAUUGGACUGUUACAUAAGUUAUUUGUUUUUUUCAUAACAUCAAAAAAGACUUUGGAAAAUUUUACCAGCUUUAAAGCAGUAGUUAAAUAGUGAUGGAAUUAUAGCUCAAAAAGAAAAACCAGGUCACAUGCACGAGCAAUUGGUCUUGUUGGCUAUAGUAUGUUAAUGAAUUGCAUGUGAAUAAAUAUCUUAUUUGCACUAAGAACAUAUCAAUAUUUCAAUUAUCCAAUUAUUGUAUGAUCAAUAAAGAUAUGGCAUGAU